CAAAAAUGAUGGAGUUUCGAGGUAUCUCUUUGUUGAUCUUCGAUGGCGUCGUUCUGGUUACUCUCCUAAUUAGAUGAAACGCUCCAAGUUACAGAUCCAUAGCCUUUAUGACCUUCUUAACUCCAAAGACCGAAAUGAGGCGCGAUCUGACGUUGAAUGCGAGUUUACUCUCUGUGAUGCGGUGUAAUCUACACAAUAUAAAGGUUAGCAUCCUUCCCUUGAACCUGUGGGAAGAGCUUUCGUAGUGUUUGGUUUAAUCGCCGGUGGCAUUGCGGAAGUUCAAUUCGUCGGCACCGUUUAAAUGGCUUUCUCUCAACAUACAGAGUUUCCAUAGUUAUUGUUAAAUCUUAAUCAAGUCUGAAGAUACCAUCACCGUCCCUCUCAGCUGCUGGAAUGUACUCAGCUUGGUUGGAUGGAGCGUCUGCUUGGUUGGAAUUCAGAAAGUUCUGCUCCAAAGGAACCUGCCUGAGGAGAGCAAGGUAAAGAAUGUGAUUGCUCACGCUGGGUUGUAAGAGACAGUCUUAGCUAUUGGAAAUCUGAUUCUCAGAUUUUUCAGCUGCAAAUCUCAGACCGGUUUCUAAACACCAAAACAGCCUUUGGAAGACUUUCUUUUGUUGUGUGUUAUCCUGGCGGUGAUGGGCCUACGGAUCGCUGUGGUGACAGUGCAAAGGGGAGUGUUGUCGGGUGGUUAUCAAUUCAAUACUAUACAAUUCUUUGGUUACGAAGCUGUGUAAGAGUAUAUUGUUAUUAUAUAAUGGUGAAAGAGUCAAAGUUGAUGCUCACUGGAAGGAAAUGAAGUAAUGAAAAAAAAACUUGACUAGAUGCAAGGAACAAUAGUUUUCUAAGUAGCGUUGAAAUAUUAUCAAUAAAAAUAAAAGGAUAAAACAAACAAUGUUUAUUUGAUAAGAUUUCUAAACAAUAAAGAGUGUUAAAGAUUCGGCAAAUAAAUUAUUUAGAAUGUACAUGCUACAGAAUAUUGCAAAGUUUUUUUGUUUUUUUUUGGGCUAAAAGUAAAUAUGUGUUGUGUUGAUUUAAAAUAUUGCAAAGUCGUUAUGAAAAAUGUAAUAUCUGAAGAUACCAUCGAAAACAUUAAAACAUUAAAUUUUAACACAUUUCCAACAGUUAAAAAUAUCAAUUAUCUUAUAUUAUAAAUGAAUAUGCUAAAAAUGUACAAUAAUUCUUUUUAUCAGCUACAGAAAACAGUUAAGAAAUUUUGUAACACACAUCAAAUGUAAUAUUAACCGAAAUUCAACAUUUUAUCUAUUAAAAAGUAUUAUACAUGCUUAUCAACGUCCCUACCACAAAUUAUAACUAAUUAAAUCAAGUUGAAGCCAAUAUCUAAUACUCAAUAUUCUUUGUUCCAAAAUCUUAAUAAUAAAAAUGAAAAAAUAUUAGCAAAAAAUUGUUUACUUUUAAUUUAUUUUUUAAAAUCAUUUAAUAUUAGUUAAGUUUAUUAAAUAUUUAAUUUGAUAUUGUAAAUUUGAAUAUAUACAAUCGAAUACACAUUUAAAAAAAUAGAUGAAAGUAUUUUUAAAACACGUAUGUGUACCUAAUAAAUAUGCAUAAAAUCAUAAAUGAUAUUUUUUUAAAAAUAAAAAGCAGUUAAAUGUUAUAUGUAGAUUUAUUAUUUAUGUCAUUCAGAUAAAAAUAUAUCAAAGGUGUAAUAAUAUUCAUAAUAUAUACUAGAAAAUUAUAUGCAUCAUUAAAUUAUAUAUUAUUAAAAACUAAUUUAAAUUUUAUAAACAAUAAAAUAUAAUUAUGAAAGUAGUUUAUAUAAUAAAUAAAAUAUACAAAAUUAUAGUUAAUUUAAAUUAAUAAUGAUAUGAAAAUAAAAAUAUGUCUUUACAUAAUCGAACAAAGAAAAAAAUAUAAAAUAGUCUGACAACAAACAAAGAUAGAAGAAAUGAAAUUAGUUGAUUUAUACGAAACAAAUAAGUUAUAAUAUAUAUACUAACAUAAUAAAAAUAUAAUACAAUAUUAUUAAAAAUCACAAUAAUUAUAUUAGAAACCUAUUAAAUAGUAACAAAACUGACUUGAAAGAAAACAACUUUAAAAAUAAUGACCUGUAUAAAAAAUCAUUUUAAAACAAAAGUUUUAAAAAAUUAUUUAAUUUUUUGCCCGCCCGUAGGGCGGGUUUACCCUAGUAAUAUAUAUAAUUAUUUCCUAGUUUACUUUGUGGUUUUACUCUAUGUUUUCCAUUUUCACAAAUUAAUAGUAACUAUGUUUUCAAAAGAAAAAUUCCAUAAGAAUGGAUUAUAUACAUUUCAAAUAAUAGAUGAACUGGGUUAGAAAACAUAACCACGCUGCCGCCGCUCUUACAUGGUGAGGCCCAUGGCCACCGGCGUCGGGCCCUCAAUUUCGUCUGUGUUAUAAUGUAUUCUCUCUUCUUCUUCGUCGUCUUCAACAUCUGUACUCGUACUGUCGUCGUCUCCCACGCCGCUGCUCCCUUAGAUCCGCUCGUCAUCACCUUUUCCCCUCCAAUCCAAGACACUACCGCCUCCCAUGUUCCCCUCCUCGCUACCACUCAUCCUCUCCGAGCGAGCAGCCCCUCUCUAGUCAUGCCUAGUGUCAGCUCGUUCAUCGUCCUCGCAGCACUUCCGUUCAUGCUCGUCUCCGCUGGAUCUUCAGAUGGCUCGAACAGCUUGGUCUCAAGCACCUCCAUGAAGACCACCGGUGGCCCUGGCGUCAGCUCCUCUGAAGGCCACUGCUGCUCCUCCGUACUUCGUAACCUCCACAACGACUGUUCCUCUGUUUGGAACAUCAGUUCUGAGAGUUGGAUCUCUCGGUUAAAAGAUCCUCGCUGGGUUCAGCUCCACCCAUCCACGUCGACAUCACUCCCGCUUCCCUUCAUCGCCGCCAACGAAAAAUCCACUGCUGUCUUGUUCUCACACCGACAAGGCGGAGCCGUCACCACCACAACGUUGAGUUCUCUGCUUAGGUGCUUCCUCAUUCUUAUCUUCAAGCCGCUCACGCCUUCUUCGGAACAAGUCACUCUCAGACGAGAGGUCGCCCCACCACCACAACGUUUUGUGCCUCCAACGCCGAGAUGCGAGCUCACCGGCGAUUUUGACACAGCCCUCCAACGCCGAGACGCGAGCUUCACUCCACCUUUCUGGGCCUGGGCUUUAAACAGCAAGGGUUCUAGCCCAUUUCAUGACCCAAAAGGACUCUCGAGUGAUCUCCCACCACAAUCUUAUCCGACGUCAUUCUCACGGUUCGUUUCAAAGUCAAAUAUACCUAUGGAAUUGGAGAUGACAACGGUAUCAACCGUCUCACCAAACAAUAUGCUUUCCGGCACAGUUGAGAUUCACCUAGUCUCCCGGAUUAUAGCUGAUAUUGUUUGUCUAAUGGACUGCAUAGUCACAUCUAGCUUCUCAAUGAGCUCAUCAGUGUUGGUAUUCACCAACGAUUUUCAAACCCGAUCUUUAGGGUCCCCUCUCAUCGGUUCAUGUACCGAUUUUAGUGUGUUCUUGGGAGCAUCAGUUUUAGGGUUUCAAGUGAAGUUUGUCUCAGGGUAUCUUCGUCCCUUAAAUACAUCUAUCUUUUAUUGUUGUACCUUUCGUUUUCAUCUAGCCGUUGAAUUCACUUCCGGUUGUAGCCAUCUUAAACCCGCUGGGCAUUUAGUUUAAUAUAAAAGCUUGUUGACCAAAAAAAAAAAAAGAUGAACUGGGUUUUUUUAAACAUUUUAUUGGUCCCCACCGAGUCACAAUAGUGAAACCACUGUUUUGAUUAUAACUAACUCACUGCCUUUUAUUGUUUUUUUAUUUAAGAUUUUAUUCUUCUCUUCCAAGCUUUUUAGCAGUUACAAGCCGGCUCGGUUCUUUACAUGUUUAAAAGGGGAAUUAUAUUUAAUAUAUCAUGCAUAAUGAAUUUGGUAAAUUGCCUAAACUUUCUAGACUUGGGAGAGAUCUAUGGAUUAAGCGAUGCCUUUAAUUUUAGACUUUUCAGUUUUCACUGUUAAAUCUCAAGUCAAGUUCAGAAAAUUGGAUUGGGAGAGUGACUUGUUCUAAUAUUGUAGUUGAUAGAAUCAAAAUCUCUCUUUUUUUAAUCGAUUCCAUUGAUUCAUUAUCUAGAAAAAUAUACGAAUAUUAUCGAAAAAUAACUCUCUGAUUCUCACGGUUAUAACCAAAUUUUAAUGUAAACAUGCGAUGAUUUUGUUGUAUCAGAUUCGAUUAAAUACAAUACUAGUUCUUUUUUAUUCUGCUUACAAAUGCAAAACAUGAUUAACUCUCAAAUUUCAGCAAAUGCACUGCUACGAUGUUUUGAUAGCAACAAUAUUUAAGUUUCUCUAAAUUAGCCAAGGUAUUCACAUUUUUUUUAAUUACUAGAUUGUAAAUCAGUAUUUGGCUCAUCUCCUACUAUAUACUCCCCGAUGCUAUCAAAAGAAAAUUAUUAUAGAAGAAAAAAAACACUGAAGGUUUGUUGGUCCCUUCGAUGGAGCAUAGAGUCACAUUCCAACCGUCUUGCCCCCAAGAGUUAAAGGAGCUCAUUUGUAUAUUGUUCUUUCUUCCAAAUGAUCAAUUCAAUGUUAGUUCGAUCGGUUGGUUUAAAAUAUAUAAUAUCAUCAUUUAAAAUGAUAUAGUGGUAUCAAUAAUUAAUAUGUAUUUGAGUAAUGUGAACAAUAUUCGACACAAAUCUUUUUACUUUGCUGGUAAACAACAACAAAAAACAACAAUAAAAUGUAAAAAUUCAGAUUUAUUAAUUUUAUGUAAUGUGAAGCAAACUUUGAUCCAAAUUGGAAAACACAACACAAUUCGGGAAAAUUGGGAUUUUCAACAUAUAUCGACAAUUCAAAAUUAUGAAGUAUAGCAUGAUGAAAACCGCUGAAUUUUACUAUCGCCGCGUUCGAGAUGCUAUUAUGCGUUUAUGUAUGCCGCCAACUUUGAGUUUUUUUUUUGGUAAUCAAACAUACAAAGCCAACUUUGAGUUCACCAUCAAUUACAAGGUUUAGUCUAAAUACAUGCAUAGUUGCAUACGAUCAAAUAUUUUUAAACAACCAAUUGAAAUUUGUUGGGUAGAAAAGCAAAAGCGUUUCUGCACGUAUAGAUUGUUAUUAAUAUUGUUAAUAUUCAAGUAAUUCAUGCAUGUAUUAACUGUAUGAAUAGCUAGAUACUCUUUGACUAAUAGUGGCCGGUUAUAUAGGAAAUAUGUACUAAUUUAUCAAUAUAAUUAUUUUACGUUAAUUGAUAUGUUGCAUGCACACAAUUGAGUAUUUUAUUUGAGUAAGAAAAUUAGAAAAACAAAAUGUAAAGACAUGUGAAGACACAUGUAAUUGGUUUGGUACAUAAUUUUUUUUUAUGAAAGAUAUAAUUAACUAUUAGAGUUAGGUCUGAAUAGUGUUGCCAACUUAUGACUUAAACCGACAUGGAAACCCUUCUAGUGUUUUAGUGAAUCGAGUACAACUCUAAACCACUAUUGAUAUUUUCUGUUACUAAAUACUUUUCGAUUUAUGUCACUUGUCCAACAUACUGUAUUUCUGAGUAUGCAUGUAACAUUUCCAAUUACUUUUCAGUUUUUAACGUACAUACUGGUUUCUAAUUUUUUUUUUAAUUGUGCUAUUAGCUGUGUAUAUAUUGUGUAACAUGUUAGAAGUGUCUAUACAGUACGUAUAAGAGGUGUGAACCAUGGUGACUUAACAAUACCAAACAGAAAACUUUUCCGAAUGCACCCACCAUUGUAUUGAUUCUGUCUUAUAUAAUAUUUAUGGAAUGUAUGGUAUUAUUCAAAAUCACGAUUUAAGGUGAUGAAGUUUCUACACAAAAACUGUCACGUCCCGAAACAUUUUUUAUUUCUUAGCCUCGUCCCAAGAAAACUGUUGUGCAAUAUAUAUAAAAAAGACAUCAAAUCGUGAAGGUGAAUCGCAAUACGAAAGAGUAUUCACAUAUCAUAUUUGUUUAUUCGAUACUUUAUAACUACAAAUCUUAUAUUGCCAAUAUUUUUUGUUGUAUAUGCAGGUUCCCAAUAUCUGCCACGAACGGGUCGUUUUUGCUAUGCUUACUUAAAUGAGAAUAUCCGAUAGGCAAUCGUACUUUGAGUUCUUCUGUGGGGAGGCAAACAAAUAUAUUAUCCUUCCCAUAAAUUAUACAGUUGUUGACAAAAAAAUAGUUGGGAUAGAUUAAUUAGCUUAUCAAAUUUUCGAUUUAUUAAUUAGUGGAUACAUUUGUCCAUAUUACGGAACACACUAAGCUCUUUGUCAUACCUAAUUAAAUUUUUAUCCUUACUACAAAAGUCUAUCAUGUAACGUCAAAAUCUUCACCAAAUACUUUGAUAGGUUACUUUAUAAAAAGUCCAUAAAUUAUCAACUAUUUUGUUAAUCUGGACUCUUUUUUUCUAUAGUAGUGUAUAUAUAUAUAUAUAUAACUUAAAAAAAAAGAAUAUAUAACUUAACUUUUGAGGAGAACUCACUCAUCCUUUUUAAAAUGCAUGAAUCCACAUAACUUUAUCAAACAUAGACAAGAUGUGAUAGUUCAUUAAGGAGGGACUCUUUUUUACUCUUUUACGUAGAUUGGAGUUCAUGUGCUCAUAUGUUCUACAAAUCUUUGGCUUAUGAAAGAAGAAGACAUUUUACUUUGAAUAAAUAGGGAAAGACUAACGAGUAAAGCUGAAAGAUUAAUGGAAAAAGGCUUGGGAUCCGCUGACUUGUUUGUUACUUUUGCCCAAUAAUUAAGGGGUUUCAAUGCUAAUUUCGUUAGGACCACCAUAAGCCCACUUAAAGCCCAUCUUAGGACCCACUAAAACAUAUUUUGCGUUGUGAAACAUCGGCCUUGUGAUGAUACAUCUCAGGACCCACAAUAAGCCCACUUAAAGCCCAAAUAUUAUUUUUAUUUUUCCCUCGGUACAAACCGAGUUUAGUGGACCAGACAACGAUUAAAAUACACCUUCCAUUUAAAUUGCAUUUUAGAUUUAUUCACAAAAAUUAAUAAAAUAAUUAAUUUUAUAUAUUUAUUAAAUAAAAAUAUCAUUACUAAUACAUUUUAAGGUAUUAAGGUAACAAAACGGGAAGAUGGGCCUUUAAGAUAAUUAUGCUUAAAUUCUAUUAUCUGGCUAAUAAUAGCACAUAAGCCCAUUAAUCUCAGAAAUAUUAAAAAAAAUGUACAUAAAAAGCAUACAUACCACACCAUACCAUAUACGAAUACGACCCUCGUAUUUAAA